UUAAUAUUGUUCUUUUGCCUCAAGGCCGCUUUCCCCCAAGAACAAUUGUCAUUAAUUAAGUAUUUGUAAACGAACAAAAUCGAUGCAUUGAUUAUUUGCGUUGACCGCACACAUUUUUUGUUGUUUUUUUUUUUGGGGCUGCGUGUAGUGCUGAACUGGCCAACUGGUUGUGUUGAUGUUGGCCAAGUUGGCAUUCUAGUUUCGGCCAAUGGGCGACACGAAGCACAUUGUUACCGAAUUCGUCUAUUGUCUGCUUCUCAGAGGCGGGAAGAUGUCGCCCCCAGUGCUGUAUUACCUGCCACCCAGUCCUCCUUGCCGCAGUAUCCUGCUUUUGGCCAAAAUGCUGGACCUUGACUUUGAGCUGAAGAUUGUUAAUAUCCUGGAGGGUGAGCAAUUGAAGCCGGACUUCGUGGCCAUGAAUCCCCAGCACUGUGUGCCGACAAUGAACGAUGAGGGACUGGUGUUAUGGGAGAGUCGGGCAAUCCUGGCCUAUUUGGUGGCCGCAUAUGGCAAGAGCGACUCACUUUAUCCCACUGACAUUCGGGUGCGAGCCUUGGUGGAUCAGCGGCUACAUUUCGACCUCGGCACUCUCUACAUGAGACUCACAGACUACUAUUUCCCCACAAUGUUUAUAGGCGCCCCCUUGGAUGAGGGAAAACGAGCCAAACUGACGGAGGCUGUCGGUUGGCUGAACUCAAUACUAGAAGGAAGACAAUACGCUGCUGCCGACCACUUCACCAUCGCAGAUCUCACACUUCUGGUGACCGUUUCCCAGCUGGAAGCCUUCGAGUUUGAGCUGCGACCCUAUAAACAUAUCCGGCAAUGGCUAGAUCGUUGCAAGGAUCACAUGGCACCAUUCGACUAUGAGGAACUGAAUGUCACCAAGGCCCAUCUUCUGGCGGAUAUGUUCAAGGCCAAGAUGAAUCAAUCCGGUGCCUCCUAAUAUUCUUUGGAGCGAUGUUA